UGUAUUUGACAAGCAACAGAGGCUGAGCUUAUUAGUACUCUUGAAUAAAAACAGGAGUGCACUCUGUGACAUGUUCAUUCCAUUAACUUGCCACCAAGAAACAAGACAGAGGUGGAGGAACAAAGCAAACCAGAGUUCAAAGCAUGAGUGAGUUAAAAGACAACAGAAGGAUUGUGGUCCUGGGAAAAACUGGAGCUGGGAAGAGCAGCCUGGCCAACACCAUAUUUGGAGAGAAUGCAUUUCUGAUAAAUCAUUUACCCAAAUCUGGAACAAGUAAAUGUCAAGCAGAGCGCAAAUGUAUCAAUGGACAGUGGUGGUUAUCUGGAUCGACACUCCUGGUUUCUUUGACACGGACAGACCAGAGGAGGACAUAAAGGCUGAUAUAGUGAGGCACAGCCCAACCAACGGCUCAAACUGGUAGAAAACGAAAGUAUAGUCAAAUCACAGCAAGAGAGCCAGAGGAAAAACACACGCAGCAAGGCCUGCUCCAGGUGAUUUUAUAGCAACAUGGACGUGCUGACUAGGAGGAUUGUCCUACUGGGAAAAACUGGAGCUGGGAAGAGCAGCCUGGCCAACACUAUAUUGGGAGAGGAUGUGUUCAAGAUAAGCCAUUCUCCCACAUCAGAAAUAAGUCUUACUCAUUCAGAAACCAAAUACGUCAAUGGGAAAAGCAUCACUUUGAUCGACACUCACAGUUUUUUUGACACAUCUGAGAUAGAAUCUGAGAUUUCACUCAAGUCUGACAUACUGAGGUGUAUCACAGAGUGCGCUCCAGGGCCUCAUGCAUUUCUCAUUGUGCUUAAAGUGGAGAAAUUCACACAGCAGGAGAAGGAAGUCAUCAAGAAAAUAUGCCAACAUUUCUCUGAAGACGCUCUGAAAUAUGCUGCAGUUGUCUUCACUCAUGGCGACCAACUCCAUGAAGGAAUGAAGAUUGAGGAGUUUGUCACUCAGAAUGAAGGACUGGACGAUCUGGUGAGGAAGUGCGGAGGCCGUUGCCAUGUUGUUGAUAAUAAAUACUGGAAGGACAACAAAGAGGACGACUAUAGAAAUAACCAGUUCCAGGUGGCGCAGAUACUCAACACAAUAGACAUGAUAAAUAAGGCAAACAAAGGAAGCUGUUACACCAAUGAGAUGCUACAAGACGUGAAAAGAGACAUACAGAGAGAGCAAGAGAAAAUUAGACAGUCAUCAGGGAACAUGUCACUGGAAGAGAUUAGAAAUAGAGCGAUAAUGAAUGUAUCUGAAGACAUUUUGAUCAGAUUAACAGGUCUAGCAACAGGUGUAUUGUUAGGAGCUCUUUUUGGUGUUGCAGAGAUGGUUACAAAAAUGGUUGUAAAUUUACAGGUGCCUUCAAAUUCUACAGCUCUAGCAUCAACAGCAAGAACAACAGUUGCAUUGGCCGCUCUAAGAGGGGGAGUAAGGGGCAGUCAGAUAGGAUAUGAUGCAGCGGAAGGAGCAGAAAAUCCAACAGAAGCUGUGCAGAGAGCGGCAAAGGCUAUGUGGGACUCUGCCAGAUCAGGUUUCGGAGCAGGGGCUGCAUCAGAUCAAAACAGUAAAUAAAGCACAGACAAUAAGGAGAUGCAAAACGUUGGGCAGCAUUGAUGUUGAUGUUAAAUUUAAUCAUGUUGAGACCAACUAUAGGCAACAAUGGAUACUUAUUUUAAAGAUAGAUAAGAUAUGUAUAUGAACUUCCCAUAGCUCUGAGAUGCUGAAUAUUGUUAUUUGUUUCAACAAGUAAACAUGUGUGUUGUGUCUUUUGUUGUUGUUUUUUUUUUCUCUUUGCUGUGUCAUCUCCAAUUACAGUAAUGAUAAGACUUUUUUUUUUUUUAAACUUUUCUACAAUUCCAUAAGUUAAUGAAUAAAUAGGGUAAUCAAUCAAUCAAUCAAUCAAUCAAUCAAUCAAAAAAGAAAUUCUAGCUUGGAAAUAUGAAAGACAUGUCUUAUGAUAUUGUAAUGGUAUUUUUGAAAGAUUAAAACACCUGAUGACUUAACUUUUUAUUUUACACUGUACACAACUUUGAGUUGCUUAAAGAUACUGUUGAUUGAUAUCUUUAUGUUUUUUAUUUAACGUAUUGCUUGUGUCAUAAAUUACUUAACAAUUAAACAGUUGUGUGAUUUAAAGGGUUUUCCAGUGUCUGUUUGGUAAUGUUAUAAUAAAUUCUACAACCCCAGAGAACAAUAUAUGCGUGUCUGCUUCUUGUCCUCAACAUGUUUUUGGUACCGGAUUCGGCAAUCGAGUGAAAAAC